GCACCCCUGUCAUAAUAAAUGAGUGACAUGGUGCAACAAAAAGAUUAUGUUCAAACUGAUUUCUCUAUUUUCUAUGGUCUAAAUAACGACAAUCAAGUUAUCGAUACAAUUCGUUCGCUCUGAAUUUCUCUCCUUCCCUGGAAUUCCAACUGAACUAUUUAUCGGAUGUCCCCUCCGAGACUUUUUCAACUGAACUCUUUCUACUCUGAAUAACAUGAGUUCAUAUUCAACCAUGCUUAAAACCAUUAUUUGUGCUUUAGGAAAUUAAUGAUAGACCAAGAGGACAAGCAUCUCCAGCAGCUGAGGAAAGAGUGGGGAUAUGAAGUAUAUUUAGCUGUUGCCAUAGCCUUGAUAGAAAUUAAAGAGUAUAAUAUGAAGGUGAGAACCACGACUCAUCAGCUCUGGAAUUUCAAAGAUGGUAGGAAAGCUACGCUAAAAGAAGCCAUUUUGUUUAAUGGGGAAAAAAUUGAAGGAGGCAAAGAUCAAAGAUACAGGAACCAAACCAACAGGUGGCAGUCCCAAUCGUCAUGUGUAUAUUCUCAACCGCAAAUAACAGGUGUAGCUGAGAGCCUUGUUGGAGAUGAAACCGGAACUAUCAUAUUCACCGCUCGCAAAGAACAAGUUGACUUGAUGGAGCCAGGUAGCAUCCUCCUUCUUUAUGGUGCAAAAGUCCAAAUGUAUCGAGGCUUCAUGAGGUUAGCUGUAGAGUAUCGUAUACAAAUCAUAAUCGCAGAACCUGUGGAAUUUGUUGUCAAUGAAGAUGACGAGCAAUGUCUUUGGAUGAGUAUGAGGUAACACUACUUAAAAAACAGCUGUUUCACCGACCGAAGUACCGGCGGACUUUUUCCAGUUGCUAUUCCGAGGGACUUCCCGUGGGAGUCCCUCAUUACUUUUGAACUUUUUAAUUUCUAAUUUUUUUAAGAAAAAAAAAGCCAAUGGACAAUUCUCAGUAAAUAAUGAUACUUUGACCGG